AGGAAAAUCCCCCACACCCCACAAACUUCAAAAAGAGAUGGUCGUCGGAAGGGUGCUGCGAGCAACGGGCUGUCCCAGCUGUCGUGUGUCCAUAAUCCGGAGCUUCGCCUCUUUAGCUGGGCCUCCAAUCCGAACACCCCAGAUCUCUGCGCGGUUACAUUACCCAACUUCCUGCUCCAGUGUUCGACUUUCCUCGAAUGUAGCGCGAGAGGAUGACGGUCAUGAUGGCACUCAUGAAUCUCACGGCCUCAAUGUAACUGCUGAGGAUGCAGAAGAGGAGACAAAAGACAACCAGGAAUCAUUGGAGGCGUCGGCCGUGCCGUGGUAUCUUCAAGACAGUGCUCCUCAAAAACCUCCACAACCAUUAUCAGAGCGGCAGCGAAUACCUGACCUACCAGAAUCGCCACCACCGAUUCUGCAACCAUUGAUGCAGCAAAUAUCAGUUGACCUAGGCCUCGAUAAUCUAUCCCUACUCGACCUCCGAAAGCUCGAUCCUCCCCCAGCUUUAGGAGCCAACCUCUUGAUGCUCAUUGGUACCGCACGCAGUGAGAAACAUUUACACGUAUCCGCGGAUAGAUUAUGUCGUUGGUUAAGAAGUACUUAUAAAUUACGGCCGGAUGCCGACGGAUUACUGGGACGCAAUGAGCUAAAACUGAAAUUAAGACGGAAGUCAAGAAGAGCAAAGUUAUUAGGGAGCGCUGUUGAUGACAAUGGCGAUGAUGGUGUCCGGACAGGCUGGGUUUGCGUUGAUGUGGGUGUUGUGGAGGGUGCGGAGCCAACAACGGAUGCUGUCCCUGAACCCAAAGGCUUUGUUGGGUUUGGACGUCGUACAGACGGGGUGAGGAUAGUGGUACAAUUGCUCACACAAGAGAAAAGAGACGAGAUCGAUUUAGAAAAGCUUUGGGGAGGCAUUUUGAAACGGGGAACCCAGCCAGAAAUUGAAGAUUCCGGUGAAGACGACAGUAUUCAACCCUCAGGUUCUACCAGCAUCCCGGCACCAAUGAAACGGAUGGACAACGCACCUUCAUCAAUACUUUCACAGACACGUGGAUUCCAUACUUCAGCGCGUCGCCUAUCGCGUCUAUCGGCACAUCCAGAAACACAAUCAUUUGUGGAAGUAUCAUCUGUUUCGAGAUCACUACCUACAUUUGCCAAGGGAUCGGAGAAUUUCGAUUUGAAAGAUAUCCAGCAGUCCGUGAUGCUGUCUAUUGCAUCCGGAAAUUUUAACCAGGCCAAAACUGAUUUACUCCGGUAUAGCAAGGACAUUGCCUCGCUCCAGAAUGAAGGGUGGAGGCCAUUUCUUUUAAAACAGCUGAGAGCGUAUCUUGAAAGCAUCCCGAGAGAUCAAGCUCUCGAAGCCUUAGGGACUGGAUCCUAUGAUCGCCGUUCUUCCCCUUUCCUGGCCAGCUUUUACCAGACGUUGUCUGCUUUUCCAUCCGAGGCCGAAGGGGAAGCUAUAAUAUGGCUUUAUUGUUACGCGAUGGACCUUGGACACGGCGGUUAUGCAUUCAAGGGGUUGAUGGAUCUUCUUACUGAGCUUCAGUUGUCUGGGGUCGCGAUCUCUUCUGAAUCCUAUCUACGUGUCGUUCGAAGCGUACUGCGGCCAGUACAGAUUUCCGAGGAUCAUAGUGUUACUCCGCGUCGUUUUGCUGAAGGCGCCAUGGAAAUUCUCCAAAUGAUGCACGAUCAGGGGCACAAAGUGCUCACAGAGGAGACCUUCCUCGCCCUCCAAGAAGCUACUGCAUCGGAGUCAAUACAACCUGCCCAUCGUUCUGAACUAUAUACAACCUCAUCGGAAACCUUUGACCUCCCAACCCUGCCCAUGAGCGCGCUUCGACGACGGAUACACGUUGCCAUGAAAGCCGUCGAUUUGCCUUUCUUCCGAGACGAAACCAGACUCCGACUUCUCGACAUGUACUCUAGACAACACCACUGGCUUGAGUUCUGGGAUAUAUGGAGAAUGGCUCCUCGCCAAGGAAAACCGCAAUCCUCUCUUAUGUAUGCUUUUAUGUUCAACAGAGUAGCGGAGACUGGGAAUCAGAAGGGGUGCAUGACUGUUCUACGGACUUGGAUCCCUGACAUGGACCUUGAGAACCCGAAGGUCUUACUCGAAGGGGAUGUUGCGGAGUCCGUCAAGGCUGUUUUAAAAGUGGCAGAUCCUCAUGUUGAACGGGAGGCAGCCAGCGAUCCUGGGGCCACCGGCGAAUGGAUAGAUCUGUGGCGACGGUGUACGAUGGCGUAACAGCCAGGGUGUCCUGAUUGUACGAACCAGACAUAUAUGAAGUGUAUGAAUAUUGUAGGAAUAUGCCUUGUAUUUUGUAAUACCCAUACUACCGUAUUUAUGGGAGAGCAUGUUUGGGAGGAU